GCUUGCAAUGUUGCUGCUCGUCACAUGGGACUUUUUCUCUAAGUUUUUAGCCACAACUAAUGAAAAUGAGUAUUGGUUCAAAUCAGAGGACUUUGUUCCAGACUUGGGGUGCCGCCGUUUCCCAAAACAAACUUGUUCAACCGAAAAAAGAUGGCGAGAAAGCCGCUGGACGGCGCAGAACAAGCCCAAGCAAGUAUGACAUAGGACAGGGGUCCAAAUACUCACCAGAGAGCCCAGUGAGGACAGAGGACCCCAUACUUGCUCAUAAAAAUGAAGAUGACGACGAUGAUAUUAUGAUGGUUGCUGUCUACGAAGCUGAAAAGGGCCUGCAAUUUGAUCAUGCAAACUUUUUUCAGGAUGACAACCCUGUAGAAACAGAGAGCAGUGCUCUCUCUCCCAUCCCAUCAGGUGGGCAGACAUAUCCAGACUUUCCUGGCUUUGACAGCUCCUCAGCUAAGGUAUGGAUCUACCCCACCAACUACCCCAUCAGGCAUUACCAGCUGAAGAUAUCAGAGGCUGCCCUGUUUCAGAACACACUGGUGUGUCUUCCCACUGGUCUGGGAAAAACCUUUAUAGCCUCUGUCGUUAUGUACAAUUUCUACCGCUGGUAUCCAUCAGGGAAGAUUGUAUUCAUGGCUCCCACCAAACCCCUGGUGGCGCAACAGAUCGAGGCCUGUUAUAAAGUGAUGGGGAUCCCACAGGCACACAUGGCUGAGUUGACAGGUAGCACAGCAGCGAAGCAGAGGCAGGAGAUUUGGAGGUCCAAGCGCGUCUUCUUCCUCACGCCUCAGGUCAUGGUGAAUGAUUUGUCCAGAGACACCUGCCCGGCUCAGCAGGUCAAGUGUGUGGUGAUCGAUGAAGCCCACAAAGCACUGGGCAACCACGCCUACUGUCAGGUGAUCAGACAGCUGGGCAGCCAGACUUUGCAAUUCCGCAUCCUGGCCCUUAGUGCAACUCCAGGAGGAGAUGCAAAGUCGGUGCAGUCGGUAAUCUCAAAUUUGCUCAUAUCCCACAUUGAGCUACGUUCAGAAGAAAGCCCAGACAUCCGGGCCCAUUCCCAUCAGCGCAGCGUGGAGAAAGUGGUGGUUCCUCUGGGAGAGGCCCUUUCUGCUCACCAGGCACGCUACCUGCAGGUGCUGGAGAAAUUCAUGUCUCGUCUGGUCCAGAACCGGGUGAUGGCACACAAGGACUUGAGGACUCUCACCAAAUACCAGCUCAUCCUCGCCAGGGACCAGUUCCGCAAAAACCCACCGCCAUACAUCAAGGCUCCACAGCAGGGAAUGCUGGAGGGUGACUUUGCCCUUUGCAUCAGUUUGUACCAUGGCUACGAGCUGCUGAUGCAGAUGGGGCUCCGAUCCCUCUUUUUUUACAUCCAGGGAAUCAUGGACGGAUCCAGAGAGAUGUCCAGGGCGAAAAAUGAGCUGCAGAGGACUCCCACCUUCAUGGACCUCUACCAUGAGAUGGAAGCAAUGUUUGUGAAGCCAUCUGCUGGUCCAGAUGAGCCAUUCAUUUACAGUCACCCCAAACUGGAGAAACUGGAGGAGGUGGUGCUGCAGCACUUCAGACUGUGGGCUGAGAGCUCAGCAGACAAAAAUGGUCCAGGUUCAGGUCCUCUGGAAGUAAGCACGCGCGUGAUGAUCUUUUCAUCGUUCCGCGAAAGUGUACAGGAGAUCGCAGCCAUGUUGAACCGCCAUGCUCCUCUGAUCAGGGUCAUGACCUUUAUGGGCCAAGCCUCAGCUGGGAAGGGGGUCAAAGGCUUCACGCAAAAGGAACAACUGGAGGUGGUGCACAGGUUCCGUCAGGGAGGCUUCAACACACUGGUGUCGACCUGUGUGGGGGAGGAGGGUCUGGAUAUCGGAGAGGUGGACCUCAUUGUUUGCUUUGAUGCGCAGAAGAAUCCUAUCCGCCUCGUGCAGCGAAUGGGACGAACUGGACGUAAGCGGCAGGGACGCAUAGUUAUCAUCUUGGCUGAGGGUCGUGAGGAGAGGACCUACAACCAGAGCCAGAGCAACAAGCGCAGCGUGUACAAGUCAAUCACUGGCAACAAAAGCGGGUUCCACAUGUACCCCAACAGUCCCCGCAUGCUGCCCCAGGGUGUGAACCCCACCCUCCAUAAGAUGCACAUUACCUGUGGCCAGUUUGACCACCAGGAGAGCAGCAGGCGGUCUGUCAGGGGUCGACGGUCCCACUCUGAGGGACGGGCCUCGCUCAUCCACCCUCAAAACCUGAUUCGCGAGGGUAGUGCAAAAUCGGACGGGUUUUUGAGCAGCGCAGAAUAUUCCCUGUGGGCGUCCACCAUGAGGCUGGAGGAAGAUGAAGCUCAUCCAACACUGAAGCAGUCGCACUUCAUGUCCAUAUCCAGUGAUCUGCUUCCUCAGGUGGAAGUUUCCCAAAAAAAAACCCCAUCCAGAGAGCUGUCUUUGUGGGAAUGGAGACACUGGCAGCACAAAGCGCUUCCGACCCAUGUUGUUGAUCAUUCCCUCCGCUGCCACCACUUCAUUAAGGUGAUGGAGCUCAUAGAUGGCAUGAAAGAGGAAAAUGAGGGGGAAUGCCGUUAUGAACAGGAGCUUCUUCCUUACCUCCACAAAGCUGAUGCUGUUAGCCAUGUGAAGAAUGGACAGAAGAGGCAAAAGAGUGCAAAAAUCGGCACUAAAACUACCAACAACCAACCCACACUGUCUCGCUCGACAUUGUCUGAUCGGGAAUGUAUCGACCAGGAAGCAGAGAGGGAAAAAACACAAAGAACGUUAACUGUGACAAAAAAAAGACUUCCAGCUGAACAUGAUAGUGAACCACCUUAUGAAGACUUCACUGACCACCGAGGACCUGAGUCAAUUUGUCCUCUUCCUUCAAAAAAUGACUGUCCAGAAGCUGACCUGGAGGAUGACUGUAUUAUUAUUAACGAGGAUGUCAUAAAAUCACAGUGUGCAGUGAGAGAGCCUGUAACUCUGGACAGUAUUUCACAGCUGAUUACAAAAACUGAUGAAGAUGAAGAUGUUGAACUUCAGGCCUUGUUCUACCUUCCUAAAUGGGAUUCAGAACCUCCCCCGUGCUCUGCUAAACUCCUCCCAGGGAGAGAUGAGAGUCUGAAGGUCAUCCUGGCCAACGUGGCAGAGCUCCUGUCCCGGACUCCGCUGUCACCGACUGCCGAUUUAGAGGCUGACAUGGCUGCUCGGUCUCCUUCUCCCUCCCGUCAGCUGCUUCAUCGGCCAUUUCAGGUCAGCUUUACCCUGGAUGUAGACGAUGAUGACGAUGAUGAAGUGAUGAUGAGCAACGCUGACUAUGACCGCCCGAGGGCGGAUUCAUACCAGCCUCCGGUGGGUGAAGAGGACAAUAAAAUCUUUGAUGAUUUGCCUCAUGAGAAGCAGCAGCCUGUCCAUGUAGCAGCCGACAGUCCGACCUGGGAUGAGGUUUUUGGGGACGAAGAAGUAAAUGAUGAUGAUCACAUCAGGGAAGACAGCAAGGAGAAAGACGACGAAAUGUACAAUAACCCCAAGGAGGACCAGAUUGGUGAGGAAGCUGAAAAGAAUAUGGAAACAAAAUGUAACAAUAACAACAUGAGCGAGGAAGAAGACAGCUGGGAUGAUGUGAGGAUUGAGGACAUGCCAGACUUGAUGGAUGGAGGUGUAAAAGACGACAGGGCCUCACAGCACAGCUCUCAAAUGGACAAGAGCAUGGAUCUGUUUGGGGAUGACGAAGCCUUCCUGCAGAUUACCAUCCCAGACAUCUCCACUCCUGGCAUCACACCCUGGACAUCCCCAUGUGCCGGACAUAUUUCUAAUAGCACAAAAGAAAUGUCUAACGCUUCACAAAUGCAUAACCCAUCAAAACCAUGUAGCUCAAUGCACACAGCAGACAGCACACAUAGAUUAAACACGGUGCACACAGAUGAAUUAACACACACAGAGCAUAUAACACAUAGUUUGUGUGCAAAGUUAACACUGGAUGCAAACACUGCAAAACAUUAUACACACACAGCAGCAGCCAGUAAAUCUUUAACAGGCAAUUCAGUCACAGACAAGCUAAUUACAGCUCAUUGCAAAUCUCCCACAGUGCAACCAAAUGCUGAGUCAUUUGACAGCUCCCAUGACUACUUCUCUGUCAACUUUGACCUUGGCUAUUCACUGGAGGACUCCGAGGACGAAGUGGAAGUAGGGGCUGUUCCUACCCCGUGUCUGUUGACCUCACCACAGCCUAAAAAGCAGGCUGACUCCCCAGUGUCCUUGCCGGCCGUCACUCACUCUUCCACUCCGUGUAACAGCUUCACUAGACAGAGGAUGCAUGUACAGUUCAGUGAAUCUAAAUUGUCUACACCACAAAGGUAUCCAGUGGAUAGGAAGAGAGAAAUGUCCUCUCUUCUGACUUCACCUUUGAUUUCCAAAGGUGGGACGCUCCCAUCUCCAAUCAUGUCAGUUGGGGUAAGGAGGACGCUCGUGCCUGGUCCAGCCGGGUCUCGCACACCGUCUUCACCCUCCUGCUUGAAACGGAGACGACCAGGCGGUCGCACCCCCGAAGCCGCGGGAGGGUACGGUGUGGAAAACAAGUCAUGUCAGGAAUCUGUUUGUGUGUCUGACUCCCCUCCUCAUCCAGUAUGCGACAAUGACAGUGAAGAUGAAGUUGUGGUUCUUAAAAGAAGACAUCAGAACAAGGUCAACCCCUUGUCAUCCCCAGAAGUGUCCAAGAUCUCCAGUGAUGUGGACUCUCCGGUGGUCGUGAACAGGAAACGUGCAGCUGCACUUAAUACUUCCGAUGAAACAGAGGGCGAAGCUGUUUCUGAUGAUGAUUUCCAGAAUGAGAGUGUGUUCACACGUAGAACCACAGCACAGGGAGCCGAGAGGAAACAAGUCCAGCAGGCCAAAGCCAAGCACACCAUAUAUCGAAAAGGGUGUCAGUUCCUGGAUGAAGAAGCAGAGCUGGCGGAGGAUGAGGAGGGAGUAGACGUGUCGUCUGACGAAGAGGACGGAGAGGAGGAGAACCACUCUCUUGAUGGAUUUGUUGUCGACAACACGCACAUCUCCCAGGGACUGAAUGACUCAGAGAUGCACGGGGUUUACAUGAAGUCAGUGAGAAGCCCUGCAGUCCAGGGCAAGUUCAAAAUGUCUUACAGAAACCAUCACAAGGACAUCUUUUCCCAGGUGCCUGAGAUGGAUGAAACAUAUGCAGAGGACAGCUUUGUGGUCGGCAGUGAGGUGGAGGAGGUGGAGGAGGUGGAGAGCAGCGAGGGAGAGGCCGAAGACCUUGAGCUCAUGCCCGAGGACUCGUAUGUGGACGGUAGGAGGCAGUAUGCCACCAGGCGGCGUGUUUUCCUGCACAAAGUCAGAGCAGGAGGCGGAGCCGGCGCCAAGACCGGGGCUGAAGAUCCACCAGAGCAGAGAGCUGGGGUGAAAAGCAAGCGUAGCCGGGUCAUACGCAUUAAUGACUCUAGUGAUGAGGAGACAGAUGACGCUAACAAAGAGAGAGGUCUUCUCUCAGGAAGGGAUGUUGCUGCCCCCCUGCGGCCAAAGGCGGCACAGCCGGAGCCCAGCAGGCCUCAGCAGCAGCAGAAAGCCCCUUCCUCUUCGUCCUCGACUAUAGCGUCCAAGGUCUCAUUGUUGAGUAAAGAACGAAGGAGCUCAGUGACUGAGGAACAGCAAACUGAGAGGUGUCGCCGGAGGUUUGAAAAUCAACACCUCCUCUCCGAUGAGCUAGACUUUGUGGAGUCGACGUCGUUGUCAUCCUCCAAGAAUCAAGCCCAGGCGCCAGCCGCCACCCCCUCAGUGCCCCAGCCCCGGGGGUCCACCGGUCGGGACGUGUCAGUCAGCGAGUCCCCGGCUCUACCCGGGUCUGUCGGCAUUCUGGUGGACAGUCGAUGCAUCAGUGCCGGAGCGGAGUUGGUGACCAGCCUGCGCCAGCGCCACGCAGCCACCGUCCGCGUCUGCUCACUGGACGGCGGCUACUUCAUCGUCAGCAACCGCAUGGCGGUGGAGAGGCUCGGCCAAUCAGAUCUGGCCGCAGUGCAGAACCGGAAGCGACUGGCCGAAAGAGUGAACAGCUUGCUGGGAUUGUUCGAGCGCGUUUGUCUGAUUGUGGAGAGGGACCGAACCAAGCCAGGUGAGGCGUCACGUCCAUUUCAGCGAACUCGUUACUAUGACAGCACACUAGCGUGGCUAGUGCGUAACGGGGUUCGCUUGCUGUGGAGCAAUGGCGCUGAAGAGAGCGCCGGCUUGCUGGCGGACCUGGCGCACCUGGAGCAGCGCAAAGGUCAGGGUAUCAGUGUACCGCUGGAGGUCAAAGGGCAGCACAGGGAGCAGGCCCUGCAGCUGUACUUGAGCCUGCCUUCAGUCAGCUAUGUCCACGCUCUCAACAUGAGCCACUACUUCAGCUCAAUCGCCCAACUAAUAAACAGCUCCGUUGAAGCCAUACAGAAAGGAGGCUGUAUGAGUCAAGCCAGAGCUGAGGAGAUCUACCGCUUCCUGCGCUACUCCUGUGACUCCUUCCUCAUGAACACAUCAAAAGCAGGAAAAUCCAAAUAGCAGCCUGAGGGAGACAGACUUUCCAUGAGCUGAGAUCCAUCUCUUCCAUUAAUCCCAUGUCUUUCUGUCAUUCUUCCUGUUUCUCCUCAAAGUAUGUUUACUUUCAUCUGCCCGUUGUUUUGCCUUACAUCUUUGUUUUCAGUCUCACCAGGGACCAGAAGACGGCAGUUAAUCUAUUUACAAUAACUGCUCUUUCUGACGUCAUGUCAACGAGAGAAGAUCCUGAGGAUAUCGGUUCAACCUUUUUGCACAAGUUGAGAGGAACCGCACAACUAGAUAUGAAUGUUGGGCUUUUUGUUUAAAUCAUUUGGGUGAGCAGUGUUUCCCUUACGAUUUGCACUGGCAGUAAACCUAUCAGACAGUGUUAGACAACACUGAUCAUAAAAACUCAAUUGAUAUUUGAUUGACACUUAAAUAACUUAUUGUUUUUGUGGAAAUAAUGGACACAUUCGUUUACAACUGUACUCAGGAUUAAAUGUUGAAUUUUCUUUAAUAAACAGAUA